UCCACAGGUGAUGCUGAGGAGUGUAUUCAGGUGCCUUAGGACCAAUCUUACAGCUGGUCAAAGAAAUAUGUCUCAAAGCAGUCUUUCUGGCAAAGUAGCCAUAGUCACUGCCUCCACAGAUGGAAUCGGGCUGGCUGCGGCUCAGGCUCUGGGAAAAAGAGGUGCCCAUGUGGUUGUGAGCAGCCGGCGGCAGGCCAAUGUAGACAAAGCUGUGGCACUGCUGCAGAGCCAGAGCAUCCAAGUGACUGGAACAACCUGUAAUGUCGGGAAAGGGGAAGACCGAGAAAAACUGGUUCAGAUGACUCUGGAUCGGUGUGGGGCCAUUGACAUCCUGGUGUCCAAUGCAGCAGUCAAUCCUUUCUUUGGAAACAUCAUGGACUCCACAGAGGAGGUCUGGGAUAAGAUCCUAGACGUGAACGUAAAAUCAGCCUUCCUCAUGACCAAGCUGGUGGCGCCUCAUAUGGAGAAGAGAGGAGGUGGAAAUGUCAUAUUUGUGUCAUCUGUGGCUGGAUACCAACCAAUGCAGGCUUUGGGUCCUUACAGCGUGAGUAAGACGGCCUUGCUGGGUCUAACCCGGGCUCUGGCCCCUGAGCUGGCUCAGAGCAACAUAAGAGUGAACUGCGUGGCCCCUGGAAUAAUCAAGACCCGCUUCAGCUCUGCGCUGUGGCAGAAUGAAGGCAUCGCGGAUGAGUUCAAAAAGCAGCUAUGCAUUAAAAGAGUUGGAGAACCGGAGGAAAUUGGAGGUGUGAUCGCGUUCUUGUGCUCCAAGGAAGCGUCCUACAUCACCGGAGAGACCAUCACAGUGACCGGAGGGAUGAACUGUCGACUUUGAACGCAUCGUUUUUAAUUUGAUUUCUUCUAUUUUUCUGAAGUGCUGGCAGCUAAGACAACUAAGCUUAGCGCAGGAGCUGCAACACACUAAGAUAAACCAAUAUAAUGAAGCAGAGAGAGCUCUGGGUUACUGUGAGCGUCUUGAGUUUCCAGGUUGAUUUUUGUUGUGUAAAGGUUUCUAAUGAAAAAUCUGAUGUUUUUGUAAAAGAAAAUAAUUAAUUUUAAAUGAGGAAAUGUGUCAUUUUAAACUGCAGCAGCUAUGAGAUAAAAGCUAUUUCAGUGCAU